CCGCCGGAUGUGACGGCUGUGUGUGUUCGGCCGCAGUUUAUCCUGACUGUGAGUGAGCGGUGCUGUCACAGGAGCAAGAUGGGAGUCCCCAAAUUUUACCGUUGGAUCUCGGAGAGAUACCCCUGCCUGAGCGAGGUGGUGAAGGAGCACCAGGUAAAGCCGGCUGAUGACGUAGCUUGCCGUGCGUCGCCGCACCAUGACGUCAUGUCCCAGUGUUACUAACCCCCUCCCGCCCCCUCUCUCUCUCUCUCUCUCGCUCUUUCUGUCCAUAAUGGUCACUAACUGUAAUACACUGUGAGCAAUGGACACACAGCCAUUGUGUGCUCUGCCUGCUCCUCCCACUGAGCUGGCAUGUCUCUCCCCCACUCACAAACUUUGCUCAGUAUUGGGAUUAAUGCAGUGUUCAGCUACUCCAGAACUACAAUACCCUGCUUGCUAUACCAGCUGUAAGGUUGACAAAGCAUCAUGGGAGUUGUAGUUCUGCAACUGCUGGGGAUGUUCUACUUCCUGGUCACCCACAGGUUUAAUAGUGCUUUGUAUAUAUCAAGUGACCUAACUCAUAGAAAGUCCUGUUGUUCUGUGACCUCUGUACUUAAGACUGACCUUUUGGCACUCCAGCGGUUGUGGGAAAGGAGUGCUAUAAGUGAUCUAUCACAGAUCUAUGAAAAUUCAAAUAUUAGCCCAGUGCUUAGUAUUGUUACAAUGAAGCCACCAAACCCAAUAUACUCCUUAUUUAAGGGUAAAUCGGUACUUUCACUUACACACCACUUUGCGCAGGUGACAUGGCUAUUCGUAUGUUGGUGCACCUAUGGGGAGAGCAUAAAGUUCCCCCAUAUACUGGUUUCUAACUCCUGAGAGAAGUGUAUCAUCUGCAAUUUAUUGGAAUGUAAAUGUUAUUCGUCUGUUUAUAAAAAAAAAAAAAAAAAAAAUGACUGUCCUGCUUUAAAGAGGAACCCUAAACACCAUAAUCACUACAGCUGUCUGUAAUGGUUAUGGUGCUAGAUGUUCCCCUGUGUCUUCCUGCUGUAAAACAUCAAAUUAUUUAGAAACUGUCUGACAUUAAAAAAAUUAAAAAAUACGUCAGUGUUUAGGUGAUUUUCCACACCUCCCAAACACUAAAGUGCAAGUGCAGCACUAAAGAAAUAAAAUCUACAGUGCUUAAACACUUUUUACAUAGGUGCAAAGUGCAUCUAUAUAAAAAAAAAAUGCUCUUUUGCCCUUUUGUUGGCAACCGUUCCACUUCUGAAAACUGCUCACUUUCCUCCAGCAAAGUGCAUAUGGUGAAUAAAAGAAGUCUGACACUUACUGUUCCCUUGGCACAAGCAGUUCCCACUUUCACGUUUAGUUUUUUUAUAGCAAUUUUAUCUCUUUGGAUGGAAUUAAUUGGCCGAGAAUCUCAUCUGACUCUCAUCAGCCAAUGAAUUCUGCCAAAACUCGGACAAUAUUCAAAUUGCUAACAUACACAUGGAACUCUUCUUUUUAGUGCCAUCUAUGAAAAGGGGCUGGGCCGCAUGGGCCCAGGGAACCAAAGUGUUAAUUGACAGGAAUGUCAAACUUUAGGUCAUAAUAGAUGCCCUAAAACCAUGACUGACUUGAAUAAUCUUUCCAUUUCUGCUAUUGUGGUCUAACAUUAAAACAUUUUUAAAUUCCUAGCAAUUCUCACUUUAGUUAAUAAACCUCUACGUAUUGGGAGGGUGCUCUUGGGACUCUUGACACCAUAGCCAGUACAGGGAGCUGCAGUGGUUAUAGUGCUUAGAGUACCUGUAUUGGUUUUGUAAGGGUUAAAAGAAAACUUAUCUCAGAGAUUUUGCCAAUAGGUUUUUAAUUUUUGGGCAAUUUGAGGUCAUUAAAAAAAAGGUGUUUGUGUAUUGUUAGAACAUAUGAUAUUCUGCUUAUGACUUUAAGAGUUUUGCGUUGGUAUGUGUGCCGAUAACCUUUAAUAAGUUAUUUAGUAAAUCUGGCAUUGUCAGAAAUUCACAAGGGAAUUACAAAAUACCCCCUGCCUAAUAACUAAUAUUGGAUAAAUUCUCCAAAUCACAUGAUUUUACGCUUUCUUUUCUUAAAUUUGUAAUAUCUGGUUUAGUGAAUUCCUGUGCUUAUGGCCAUACAUUAACUCUAUAAACCUGUUUAAAAUUGUACAGUGGAUAGAAUCUAGGGGUAAUGACUUUGUGUAUGGAAGGGUUUUUUUUUUUGUUUUUUUUGUUUAUAAUUUUAUAAUUGUUAUUUAAGACUUUGUAUUUUUUGGACAGAUGCUCAUAUCCGUGCAUGUCUUUUCCUCUCUGGAAAUACUGCACUUUGACUUUAUUAAAACACAUACUUGAGAUUUGUUUGCAGAGGAAUGAAUUAUUGCCAGUAGCUUGUACAAGUAAUGGUUUUUGUUUCGUUUCCAAAGAGCACACUCACUGUCACACUCUGCUGUAUUGACAUAGUUUUUGUUUUUGUUAAUUCAUGUUGAGUUUUGCAAGCACUCAUGUAAAUCAGCAUUUGUGCAAAAACUGUAUAUUACAACAGGACUUGAAAAUGUUAGAUUAGUUCUAUGACCCAUUUUAAAAUGUAGAAUUCAUGUUAGAUGUGCCUUAAAGCGGCACUGUCAUGGACGAAUCCAUUUUUUUUUCCUUUUGUUUUUAAACCCCUCUCCUGAUUCCACUACAUCUAAUUGCCCCCCAUAUUACCUAUAUUUUGUUUUUGUUUUUUAAAUCUUCAUUUCGUACCCGGACCGCAGUCUUUGUGUGGGCAGAUAAAGUACCUGUGGGACACGUCAUCUGCCCACACUAGAUAGCGCUGUGAAAUUCCCGCCUCUGUCCAGUUAAACAUUUGGGCAUUCGCUAUUGUCCAAAAAUCGGACGGGAAUUUCGUAUAUUCAUUCGGCAGAAAGACGAAGGAAUGAAUAGAAGUUUCAGACAAACCAACACCAUCUAUGUUCAUUAGUUCAGUUUAUUACAAGGAGGGAGCUACCAGCUCGCAGCUCCCUCCAUGUGAUAUGUAAAAAGAGAGGAGUCAGGGAGCUGUGCUCUCUGCCACUUUAUAGCCCCCCAUGUCCUCUCUCAUUCUUUGGGAUCAAUAUGACCCCCAUAUUGGCAUAAGUGAGAUUGAAAUUUCCCGAAUGCCCCUACUCACUAAGCCGCAAGUAGGGGCUUGUUUGCUUAACAGUGAGCAGCCUGAGGCACAUAGUGUCCCCCCCCCCCCUUUAACCCAUGCCCCGUGAGUGGGGGGAGACCUAUUGUCGGCCCCUAACCAUGAGCGGCAGAUGAGGCCCUAAAUGAAAAAUUAAAUAAAGCCAUACCUCCACCCCCCACCCCCCCCUAAAAAUAUUAAACUCCACCUAUACAUUAUGCAAGCAGCUUUCUUAGCACAUGUAUAGAGUGUGAGGAAAAAACUAUUUACAUAGUUUGUUGUUUUUUUUUUUUUUCUACCACCUGUUAAUCAAUUCUUCGACAUAUACUAUAUGCCAGGGCUUGACAAAUUCGUAGGAGCCAGCUAAAAAAGGUAGGAGCCAGUCAUUUUCAACAAGAGAGUGCAAUUCGUAAAGGGAUACUAUAGUCACCAGAACCACUACAGCUUGAUACAGUAGUUCUGGUGUCUAUAGCCUGUCCCUGCAGGCGUUAGUGUAAACACUGCCUUUUCAGCGAAAAGGUAGAGUUUACAUUGCUGCUUACUAACACCUCUAAUGACAGUCCCUAGAGUCCUGGGUCACUGCUGCACCAUGUGCAGCACCCAGGUUAAGUGUCUCCAAGCUCUGCAUGGAGGCGCUGAAUGUUCCUCAUAGAGAUUUGUUAAUGUAAUGCAUCUCUAUAAGGAGAUGCGGAUUGGUACAUUUGCGAUCGGAGGGGGCAGGUACCUGACUGCCUCUCACACACACUCUAACAGGCUCACAUACACACUCAUGCUGGCAACAGGCUUGCACGCACACAGCAAACAAACAGAAACACCACAAACUGAGUGCUCUGAUAAUGUAAAUUACUUAACUUUAAUUAGUAUACAGCCUCCCAAGAUCGUUAUCCACAACAAACGAUCUUUAUAUAUGCAUAGAACCACAAACAAAGUUUGGGAUACGGCUGUGUAAUCUAUGGAGAGAACGUAUAAAAAAAAAAAAAACCACACUAGUGUAAUACAAUAUAUACAGUGGAUCGUGCGCUUGAAAUAAAGGCACUCACAAGAUGAUGAAAAGAAGAGCGUUCAUAAGGUGCCUCCCCUGAUAGUAUGGGGGGCUAGUAGUUCCCCUUGCCAGUGCAGAGCAGCCAAUGGAACACGGGACUCCAGGUAAGUAGUAAAAAAAUCCAAUAAUUUUUUUUUUUUUUUUUAAGGUGAAAAACACCAUAAAGAUAAGAUUUAAAAAUGCGGCAAUAGGUCCAACGCGUUUCGUUCAAACAAGAGGGACCGCACAAUAAAAGGUAACAAACAAUAUCACAAAUGGUAAAGUAAUGCAUCCUACUACCCCCUUAGCAUGAUCCCUAUAAGUAGGGCUAGUCCCAAUGUCCCAUUGGUCCAUAAUGUAGGAGUUUUCCAAUAGCCAGCUCUUCAUUGGUCCUGGGAUAGCUCCUUCCAGCUGAUAGUAUUUUCGGCACUUGUAUGAUUCAAAUUUGGGCGCGUUCAAUGAAAAAAAGACGAAACCGGAAAUAGACGUCAUCUUUUACUUCCAUGUUCCAUUUGCGUUCCAUCUCUCUAUCUUAACCCUAUCAACCAGGAGCAACAAUACAAGUGAUCCCACAACUGGCUAAAUAGCCAAAAGAUAACAAAAUUACUUAAUACAAUUUAAUCUCUAAAUUAAAAAAGAGAAAUGGGUUAGUGUCUGAGUAUUGACAACAGCAAUAUCAAAAUAGCCCCUACAAAACUUGGGCAUAUAUUCGCUAAGUGUAUAAAUCAUUAACCUCCACCAAUUUCAUAGUUCAAAACUGUCUAUUUAUUUAAAGUGACACACACGUCCUUACUAUAUUGAGAAAAACAUAAUCCAUUCUUUUUUAUAUAAAUGUUCUCUCAAGACAUCAAAUAAUUCUCAUUCUAUAAUAUAUAACUUGAUUAGUACACAUAUCUGCAUUAGAAAAGGCAGACAAAUCAUUUUUUUUUUUUUUUAUAUUAUUUAUAUUUCUAGAAAUACAUAUGAAAUAAUUGCAAAGAGGGAGAGAAAGACCCAAUAAACACACUAGAUCAAUCCCAAUGUUCAAACCCCUGGGUUCAAGGGUCUUGAGUUUAUGUAUCCAAAAAGUUUCCCUUUGGGAUAACUUUUUGACCCUAUCGCCCCCACGCCAGAAUGGAAGAAUAUGUUCAAUGCCCACACAACUAAAUUCUCUAAAUGAAAAAAGGGUACAGUUACUACAAUGAGCCGAGACCGAAUGGGUAACCAGUCCCUUACGGAUGUUAUUUAGAUGUUCCAAGAUUCUAACCUUCAGGGUACGUUUUGUUCGACCCACAUAUUGUUUGCCACACGGACACUGCAGUAAAUAUACUACAUGGUCCGUGUAGCAACCUAUCUCUGUUUUGAUCUUAAAUGUUUCUCCUGUAAUUUUACUGGUAAAUUCCUUAAUUCUUCCCACAAGGGCAGUGGUACAAGCUUUACAUGAACCACAUCCCCUAAAGCAGCCUGAAACAAAGGUUCUAUUUGAUCCAUUUGUCUUGAUAGCAUCUAGGGGCUAGCAUAUUUUUUAAGUUCCUAUUCUUUUUAAAAAUCACCAUCGGAUGUUCAGAUAAAGAAUUACCCAAAAUUGGGUCCUGUUGUAAAAUGGGCCAAAAUUCACUGAGGCUCCUUUUGAUCUUAAAAUGGUCAAUAUUAUACUGGGUGACAAAAGCUGAUUUAAAGUUCGGGUGCCCCACAAUCUCAGGGACUUUGUCCUCCAAAAGCUUGCUAUGUUCGAGAAGGCCAAUAGAUCGAAUUUCUUUUUCUAAAGUGUCCUUAUUAUAGCCCCUCGCACACAGUUUAUUUUUUAUGUGGGAAGAUUGAAUCUGAAAAUCUUGAGAACGAGAACAAUUGCGUCUGUCUGGUAAAUUGACUUUGUGCUAUACCCCUAAGCCAAGGCUUAUGGUGGCAGCUUCGUUGAUGUACGAAGCCAUUACCAUCCGUUGGCUUGAAAAAAAAUUUAGUUUGAUUCUGGCCCUGGUCACAAAAAAUUUCAAGAUCCAAAAAGUGGAUCUCAUGCUUAUUCCACUCCGGGUUUAAUAUUAAACUGUAUAGAUUGGAAUCGAGGUAUCGAACAUAUUCAAAAAAACUGGUUGAAGAAAUCUUCCAAAUGAUGAUCACAUCAUCGAUAUAACGCCGCCAGAGCACCAGGCUCUCCCUCCAGUCAUGCCCCGACCACACGAAUAAUUCCUCCCAUCUCCUCAUGUAGGUGUUGGCAUAACUGAGGGCGAACCUGGUGCCCAUGGCGCUCCCUGUGGUCUGUAGAUAAUAUUGAUCAUUAAAGAAGAAAAAAGUUAUGUUCCAAAAUAAAUUUAACUGAGGUCAAUAUGAAUUCUCUAUGACCUUGAGACAAAUCCAAGUCUUGGGACAUAUAGUAAUCAAGAGCCUCCAGUCCUAGUCUAUGGCUAAUUACCGUAUACAGAGAGGUCACGUCCAGCGUGGCCCAACUGUAUUCGGAAUCCCAUUCUACACUGUCUAGUUCCUGCAGAAAAGACUUCGUAUCACGUAUAAAUGAGGGUUCCCCUUGAGCAUAUUUUUGGAGGAAAGAGUCCACAUACGCAGACAAAUUAGCAGUGAGAGAAUUGACUCCACUAAUAAUAGGACGACCCGGUGGAUCAGGGAGGAGUUUGUGGGUUUUUGGGAGAAAAUAGAAUAUCGGAAUUGUAAAAAGGAAUGAUAAGACAGAUCCCCAUAAUCACAAAAAUAUGUAAAUUUGGUGAGAACUGUCUUAAAAAGAGCCUACCUCAGAGCUACAAUAUAGGGGGUAACCCAGAAAGAAAUAUAGUUGAAUGACGGAGACCCUUGAAACAAGGGGAUCCCAGAAGUAGCUGCUGAACUUAACAGAAUAAAUAGUAUAGUUACCAGGUGGCAAGUAGAGAAGAACAGGGGGCUGUACUUGUAAGUGGAUAAAAGGGUGAAAGGGAAUAAAUAGAAAUACCCAUAUAUACCCUAUAUACGCCAUAGCUAGUUGCAUUUAAUAGCAGCAAAGGAAUGUCCCUUUAACAAAAAAAAGACUCUAGCAUUUAUACUAGAAAAAAUGUCCAAAAUUAGGACACCUAAGCUGCAAAAAUACAAUAAGGCAACACAAAAUAUGUGUAAUACAUAAAUCACCCCACUAAUCUAAAGGCAGGCAAACAGGAACCUAUACAAACAUGAAUAGGAGAAAAGAGAGUGAAAGGGGGACAAGGGCAGACCCACUAAGGACAAAUGCCUGCCUAGAAAAAAAACUCUAAAUGCCAAAUAAUAAAUUGCUAACUAUACUAACUAAAUCAAACAUACUAACUACCUAAGUGCUACCUAAUAUGAGAGAAAAAAGAUAAAUCAAAUAAGGCGGUCCCUGAGGAAGUUCUUGUUUGAACAAAACGCGUUGGACCUAUUGCCGCAUUUUUAAAUCUUCUCUUUAUGGUGUUUUUCACCUUUUAAAGAAAAUAAAAUUAUUGGAUUUUUUUUACUAUUUACCUGGAGUCCCGUGUUCCAUUGGCUGCUCUGCACUGGCAAGGGGAACUACUAGCCCCCCCAUACUAUCAGGGGAGGCACCUUAUGAACGCUCUUCUUUUCAUCAUCUUGUGAGUGCCUUUAUUUCAAGCGCACGAUCCACUGUAUAUAUUGUAUUACACUAUUGUGGUUUUUUUUUUAUACGUUCUCUCCAUAGAUUACACAGCCGUAUCCCAAACUUUGCACGCACACACUCUGACAGGCUCUCACACACACAUACAGAUACUGACAGGCUCUCUCACAAUCUCUCUCUCUCUCUCUCUCUCACUCUCUCACUCUCUCACUCUCUCACACACACACACUCACAGUCUGACAGGCUCUCUUUCACACAAACACACACAGUCUUGACAGUCUCUCUCUCUCUCGCUCUCGCUCUCGCUCUCGCUCUCGCUCUCGCUCUCGCUCUCGCUCUCGCUCUCGCUCUCGCUCUCGCUCUCGCUCUCGCUCUCGCUCUCGCUCUCGCUCUCGCUCUCUCGCGCUCUCGCGCUCUCUCGCUCUCUCGCUCUCGCGCUCUCUCGCUCUCGCGCUCUCUCUCGCGCUCUCUCUCGCGCUCUCUCUCGCGCUCUCUCUCGCGCUCUCUCUCGCGCUCUCUCUCGCGCUCUCUCUCGCUCUCUCUCUCGCGCUCUCUCUCUCUCUCUCUCUCUCUCUCUCUCUCACACACACACAGUCUUGACAGGCUCUCUCUCUCUCUCUCUCUCUCUCUCACUCACACACACACACACACACACACACACACACACACACACACACACACAGUCUUGACAGGCUCUCUCUCUCACUCACACACACACACACACACACACACACACACACAGUCUUGACAGGCUCGCUCUCACACACACACGCAGUCUUGACAGGCUCGCUCCUCACACACACACACACACACAGUCUUGACAGGCUCUCGCUCACCACACACACACACACACACACACACACACACACACAGUCUUGGCAGGCUCUCACACACACACACACACACAGUCUUGACAGGCUCCUCACACACACACACACACACACACACACACAGUCUUGGCAGGCUCUCUCACACACACACACACACACAGUCUUGACAGGCUCUCUCACACACACACACACACACACACACAGUCUUGACAGGCUCUCACACACACACACACACAGUCUUGACAGGCUCUCACACACACACACACACACACACAGUCUUGACAGGCUCUCUCUCACACACACACACACACAGUGCCGAGCAGGCUCUCACACACACACUACACAGACCAGUCUUGACAGAACCUCUCUCACACACACACACACACACACACACACACAGACAGUCUUGACAGGCUCUCUCUCACACACACACACACACACACACAGACAGUCUUGACAGGCUCUCUCACACACACACACAGACAGUCUUGACAGGCUCUCUCACACACACACACAGACAGUCUUGACAGGCUCUCUCACACACACACACACACAGUCUUGACAGGCUCACACACAGACACUCUUGACAGAUUCACACAUUUUUGUUUGAAUUGAAACCCACUCAGCCUCCCUACCUUUGGGAGAGCUGAGUGAGUCUUUCCUGGGGACUGUACUCUUCCUGUGUGCAAAGGAGCAGUACUCUGCCUGUAGCUCCUCUCUGCUCCCUUGCGCUCUGUAAUUAUGCCGGGCUGGAAUGACGUCAUAUUCCGGCUCCCAACAUGAUUACACAGUGCGAGGGAGCAGAGAGCAGGAGCAAACAGAGUACUGCUCCCUCGCGUGCUGCCCAUAAAGCGCGGGCGGUGGCAUCCUCCGUGUACCCGCGGGCGGCGUCAAAGCUCCUCCCUCCCACACUAGAGAGCUGGCAAAUUCCAGACGCCAGGAUGCAAUUUCUAGUCGCCAUUGCGAUCGGGCGCCUGGGAUUUGUCGAGCCCUGCUAUAUGCCAAAGAAAUGUUUCAUAAAGGAGGGCAGAAGAAACAUCCUGCUGCUCUCUAGCACAUGCACUAGGAUUGCUAUGUAAAUUCUUUAACCAGCGCAGCUUAUGCUGACUUGGAAGUGUAAAAAUAGUGACAUGGCUUCACUCUGCAUUGAAGCCAGAAUGACUGCACCAGUUGCAUUUGUAUUGCUUAGGGAAGUGUUCACAAGCAGGGCAUAUCAGUUAGAAGCAUAGGGAGACCAGAGAACAACACGAGAGGUUUUGCAAAGAGCCUUGCCUUUCCUUUUCCUUUUACACUGCAUUUUAUGCUUCCUACUAGGUCCUGCAAUAUUCACUCAACAUAUAGAUGCAUUGUUAUAAUACAUUUCUACAAGGAGGUGCUGAUUGGCAGACUGCAGUAAUUGCAAAGAAUGUGCAGAAGGCCACCCAAUGCUUCUCUGGCAAAGUAUUUAAAAGGACAAACAUGUAUUCCUGACUCUAUAGUGUUAAAACCACCAUCAAGCCCCCCGGUCCCUCAUGCCUCCAUAAAUAUAGCAACAUCUUACUGUAUUCAAGCCUAAAGCUGUAAAUCUGCAUGUUGUUAGACUCAGAAAAACAAGCAGUUUGCUGACCAUCAGAAGUGGUAGCCUGACCCAAUCACAAUGCUUCCCCAUAGGAUUGGCUGAGACUGAUAAGGAGGCAGAUCGGGGCAGAGCCAGCAUGAUUCAAACACAGCCCUGGCCAAUCAGCCUCUUCUCAUAGAGAUGAAUUGAAUCAAUUAAUCUCUCUAUGAGGAAAGUUCAGUGUUUGCAUGCAGAGGGAGGAGAUACUGAAUAUUUGGAUGCAUUUUAGGCAGCCUUGACUCAGGAAGGAUCUCUAACAGCUGAGGAAUGGCCAGUGAGGUUAUCACUAGGCUGUAAUGUAAACACUGCAUUUUCUCUGAAAAUACAGCGUUUACUGCAAAAGCCGGAAGGUAAUGAUUCUACUCACCAGAACAAAUUUAAUAAGCUGUAGUUGUUCUGGUGACUAUAGUGUCCCUUUAAGUUAGCUAAGAUCGAUAAGGGGAGAGUGACUGUGGCAAGGGAUAAAAGAGAAGUAAAAAUGAAUUGCAAUUAAAAAGGGGGCAGCUGAUGUCUGUGCUGUACUCUGGUGUAUGUGCUAGUGAAAUCAGAGGGCUUGACAGAGGAAGCUCCACCUUUUUGUAGGAAAAGGAGACUAAGUAUAUAUAAAUCGCAUUGGAAAUUGUGCAGGAUUCUAAAACAGAUGAUUUUAUGUUGGUUAGUACAGAACACUGGUGAGACCUCACUUGGAGUAUUGUACGCAGUACUGAAGACCGUAUAUUCAGAAGGAUAUUGAUACUUGGAGAGUGUUCAGAGAAGGGCUACUAAACUGGUUCAUGGAUUGCAGGAUAGAACUUACCAGGAAAGGUUAAAGGAUCUUAACAUGUAUAGCUUGGAGGAAAGAAGAUGAGACAGGGGAGAUAUGAUAGAAAAAUUUAAAUACAUCAAGGGAAUCAACACAGUAAAGGAGGAGACAUAUUUAAAAGAAAAAAAAAAAAGAAAAAAACACCACAACAAGAGGACAUAGUCUUAAAUUAGAGGGGCAAAGGUUUAAAAAUAAUAUCAGGAAGUAUUACUUUACUGAGAGGGUAGUGGAUGCAUGGGAUAGCCUUCCAGCUGAAGUGGUAGAGGUUAACACAGUAAAGGUGUUUAAGCAUGCGUAGGAUAGGCAUAAGGCCAGGGACUAAUGAAAGUAUUUAGAAAAUAGGGCAGACCAGAUGGGCCGAAUGGUUCUUAUCUGCCGUCACAUUCUAUGUUUCUAUGUCUAUUUCAUAAAGAUCUUCAUAAUCUAGAAAGCAAUAUUUUUUAUUUUUUUUAAAAUAAAUUUAUAUAUAUUGAUCCUUGGUUGCAGAUAGCACAGUCCCCUAGGGUACAAAUAUGCACAGUCUUUAAAAGUAACUUAAAGGAACACUCUAGGCACCCACACCACUUCAGCUUAAUGAAGUGGUCUGGGGGCCAGUUCCAGCUAGGGUUAACCCAUUAUUUUUUAUAAACAUAGCAGUUUCAGAGAAACUGCUAUGUUUGUAAAUGGGUUAAUCCUUCCCCCAAAGCCUCUAGCGGCUGUCUCAUUGACAGCCGCUAGAGGCGCUUGCGUGCUUCUCACUGUGAAAAUCUCAGUGAGAGCACGCAAGCGUCCAUUGGAAAGCAUUGUAAAUGCUUUCCUAUGCGACCGGCUGAAUGCGCGCGCAGCUCUUGCCGCGCGUGCGCAUUCAGCCGACGGGGAGGAGAGCUCCCUGCCUGGAGCUGGAAAAAGGUACGUUUUAACCCCUUUCCCCCUUCCAGAGCCGGGCGGAAGGGGGUCCCUGAGGGUUGGGGCACCCUCAGGGCACUAUAGUGCCAGGAAAACUAGUAUGUUUUCCUGGCACUAUAGUGGUCCUUUAACCCCUUAAGGACACAUGACGUAAAUACUCCGUCAUGAUUCCCUUUCAUUCCAGAAGUUGUGUCCUUAAGGGGUUAAGGACGGAGCCAAAUGUACCCGUGAACGAAACUAAAUGUAAACAAAACCUGGCAUUUGCGCUACAUGUCUGUCCAACCAUAAUUCAACUCUUUCAUAGUAAAUACACCCACCCUUAUUAUAUAUCAUUUUAUUCAGGGGAAACAGGGCUUUCAUUUAAUAUCAAAUAUUUAGCUAUGAAACAAUUUAAUAUGAAAAAAAUGGGAGAAAAUAAGUUGGUUUUUUUAUUAUUAUUUUUUUAGUUCUACAUGACAUUUUAACUGUCAAUGUCAUAAUACGGUUUGCUUUUACUGCAAUAAAAUACACAUAUUUGUAUUCAGCAAAGUCUCACGUGUAAAACAGUACCCCCUAUGUACAGGUUUUAUGGCGUUUUGGGAAGUUACAGGGUCAAAUAUAGCACGUUACAUUUGAAAUUGAAAUUCGACAGAUUGGUUACGUUGCCUUUGGGACUUUAUAGCAGCCCAGGAAUGAAAUUUACACCCAUAAUGGCAUACCAUUUGCAA